UAUUGUCGUUGUUUUAUUUGGCAGAAAUUCAAGAUCUAUAACAUUAUUGUUGUGGUGGAGAACUGGAGAUGGAGAAAACCAUUUUUGUACUGGUACAUAUCAAUAAUUGAAAUUGUACUCGUCACACCAUCUGAAUUUAGUUGCAAGGGUUUCAAGUGCAGGUUCUUCAAAUUCUUCUAUCCUCAGUCACUACUCCUGUUGAACCCAAAUAUGUCCAGCGAAGACACUAACCCAGAAACCACCGAGCCCACGGCUCGAGCGGUUGGAGGGACCGAGUAUAGCUGGUGCAAAUCCGUCGUUACUGGCACUGGCAUCACGGUUUUGACUCUUCUCUUCUCAAAACCCCCAGAUUUUCCAUUUCUCGAAACAGCCCUCCACUACCUCCAAAAUUCCCAUCCUAUCCUCCGCUCCAAGCUCCGUUUCGACCCCACCACCAAGAACUUCUCAUUCGCCACGCCAUCCGCAGCCACUCACAAAGAAAUCCAGCAGUUCGAUCUGUCAUCGACGAAUGAGAUUCUCGAGAAUCUCUCAGGCUUCGAUGCGCACAUUCCCCCUCACCAUCUGAUUCUAGAGCACGAACUUAAUCGGAAUACGUGGCUUAAUCCGAACCAUCCACUGGAAAGUGAAUCCGAUCUUGACCAUGACUUCGACCUCUUCUUUGCCAGCGCGUACACUCUAAGCGAUACGCAGUGGUCGUUGGUGCUGCGGUUACACACUUCAGUGUGUGACCGCUCGUCGGCGGUGACUUUACUGAGGGAGUUGAUGAAAUUGAGCGGUGGGGGAGACAGAGGGAUACAAAAGGAAUAUGAGAGCGAAGGGAAGGUUAGUUUGGGUAUUGAGGAUUACAUUCCUAAUGGAAAAGAUAGAAAGCCGUUUUGGGCGCGUGGUAUGGAUUUGCUUGGGUACUCUCUGAACUCAUUUAGACUGGCAAAUUUGGAGUUUGUGGAUGCUAAUUCGCCCAGAUAUACAAAGAUGGUGAGGUUGCAGAUGAACCCAGAUGACACUGAAAGGCUUGUUGCUGGUUGCAAGUCAAGUGGGAUUAAACUCUGUGGUGCACUGGCUGCCGCUGGACUUAUGGCUGCACGUUCUACUAAAGACCUUCUUGAACACCAGAUGGAGAAGUAUGGUGUUGUAACACUCAUGGAUUGCCGUUCACUCCUUGAUCCAAUUCUCAAUUGCAACCACAUUGGAUUCUACCAUUCUGCCAUCAUGAACUCACAUGACAUUAGUGGAGAAGAAAAAUUUUGGGAUGCAGCAAAGAGAUGUUACACAGCCUUCGAAAAUGCUAAGAACAACAACAAGCAUUUCACAGACAUGGCAGACCUGAAUUUUCUCAUGUGUAAGGCAAUCGAGAACCCUGGCAUCACGCCAUCAUCGGCGUUGAGGACUGCCUUCUUAACAGUGUUUGAAGAGACAGUGAUUGAUGAGUCCAGCAAGCAGCAUGGAAAGAUUGGAUUAGAGGACUACAUUGGGUGCUCUUCAGUUCAUGGUGUUGGACCAUCCAUCGCUAUAUUUGACACGAUACGGGAUGGACGGUUGGAUUGUGCCUGCGUGUAUCCGUCGCCACUGCAUUCAAGGGAGCAAAUGCAGAAGCUGAUUGAUGAUAUGAAGACAAUUCUUGUAAAAGGCUGUAAUACAAUAGAUUGUAUGGAGACAUAGAACCUGGUGAAUAUU